CCGAUCAGCCUUGUGUUUAUAGGAAUUAUUUCUGUUCACUGUAUGCACAUAUUGGUACGUUGCAGUCACUUUCUGUGUCAGAGGUUUAAAAAGUCAACAUUAGGUUAUAGUGACACUGUGAGUUUUGCUAUGGAAGUAAGUCCUUGGAGUUGUCUUCAGAAGCAAGCAGCAUGGGGACGGAGUGUGGUUGACUUUUUUCUGGUGAUAACACAGUUGGGAUUCUGUAGUGUUUAUAUUGUCUUCUUAGCUGAAAAUGUGAAACAAGUUCAUGAAGGAUUCCUGGACAGUAAUGUAUUUGUUUCAAACAGUACCAAUUCAUCAAAUCCAUGUGACAGAAGAAGUGUUGACCUAAGGAUAUACAUGCUUUGCUUUCUCCCAUUUAUAAUUCUUUUGGUCUUCAUUCGUGAGCUAAAGAAUCUGUUUGUACUUUCAUUCCUUGCCAACGUUUCCAUGGCUGUCAGUCUUGUAAUAAUUUACCAAUAUGUUGUUAGGAAUAUGCCAGAUCCCCACAACCUUCCAGUAGUUGCUGGUUGGAAGAAAUACCCACUUUUUUUUGGUACUGCUGUAUUUGCUUUUGAAGGCAUAGGAGUGGUCCUUCCACUGGAAAACCAAAUGAAAGAAUCAAAACGCUUUCCCCAAGCAUUGAAUAUUGGCAUGGGAAUUGUUACAACCUUGUAUGUAACAUUAGCUACUUUAGGAUAUAUGUGUUUCCGUGAUGAAAUCAAAGGCAGCAUAACUUUAAAUCUUCCCCAAGAUGUAUGGUUAUAUCAAUCAGUGAAAAUUCUGUAUUCCUUUGGCAUUUUUGUGACAUAUUCAAUUCAGUUCUAUGUUCCAGCAGAGAUCAUGAUCCCUGGGAUCACAUCAAAAUUUCAUGCUAAAUGGAAGCAAAUCUGUGAUUUUGGGAUAAGGUCCUUCUUGGUUAGUAUUACUUGUGCUGGAGCAAUUCUUAUUCCUCGUUUAGACAUUGUAAUUUCCUUGGUUGGAGCCGUGAGCAGCAGCACAUUGGCCCUGAUCCUACCACCUUUGGUUGAAAUUCUAACAUUUUCUAAGGAGCAUUAUAAUAUAUGGAUGAUCCUGAAAAAUAUUUCUAUAGCAUUUACUGGAAUUGUUGGUUUCUUAUUAGGUACAUAUGUAACUGUUGAGGAAAUUAUUUAUCCUACCCCCACAGUUAUAGCUGGCACUCCACAAAUUUCCUCUCUGAAUCUGAAUUCAACAUGCUUAACAUCUGGUUUGAAAUAGUAGAAGCAGAAUUAUGAAUCUUCCAGUUUUGUCUCAGUUCUGAGAAUGAUUAAAGUAAGAACUAGUAAAAUGCAUUGCCAUAUAUUUAAAAGUAGUACCAAACUGUGUUUUCUUUUGGCACAAUAUUAAUAUUUUAGUAGUAAAUUACAGUUCUUUACUGGUAAUUGUAAACUACAACAAAUUCUUGAUUUUAAAUAUUUAUAAUAAUUUCAGAAAAUUCAGUUUUGAAAAUGGAAAAAAAUUAAAAUUAAUAUGUAAAAAAAUUAAACAAAAAAAUACUUCUGCUAUUCUUCAUGUCAUUAAGAAAUACUUUAACCAAAAUUUAUUUUACCCCCAUGCCACUCUUUUGCUACCCAGUUGAGAAAACAGGAUUUCAACAAUAAGAGAAUUAAAUGACAUAUGUAACAAAAAUCUCUCUAGUCCAUCUCAGUGAGUGUCAAAGUAAACUUAUGUAGAAUGUAAAAAAUAUCUCAAUAUCUUUUUAUUAGAGAACCAAAUACUUACGAUUAUUAGCUCCUGAAGUAGAGAAAACUCCCAUUAGCAAUAAUUUAAGCAUCAGAAAAUCCCCAAAGCUAUACUAUACUGUAAUGGUAGUUGAUCUUAGUCAAGAGGCACUGUGCAAGGUUCAGAUGUAAUGUUUCAAUCAAAGUUGAAAGGGACUUUAAAGGUUAUACAACUCCCUUAUUUUUCAUCAGAAGAAAUGGAAGCCUAGAAAGAUGAAGCAAUUUAAGUCAAGAGCACUCAACCUUGAGAUCAAGGGAACUUGAUCUUCUGACUCCCAGGCCAGGACUUUUUUUUCACAUCUCAUCCAUGAAAAAGAAUAAAUUAAGUUCAGUUUAAUUUUAGUGUUAAGUCUAUUUAAUUAUAUCUCAAUACUUUGAAGUGAAUGUGUAAUCUUUGAAUAGUAUAUGUGACCUGAGCAGAAAAUUAGAGAACCUUAGCCUGCACUGUGGUCAUAUAAACCUCAACAGGGGAAAGAAGCAUGUUCUUUUUAAAAAGAACAGAGACCACUUGCUGGCAUAACUGCUGGCUGGGAGAAUGUGCCAAGCUACACCAUGUGUGACUUGAUCUCUCCUUACUGCUUCUUCCCUUUCCUGGGUUUUGUAGGCACCAUCUUCCUUAAUGGCAGAAAAUAGAUAUCUCACAAAAUACAGGAUUUGUGGACUUCUUACAGCCCUGUGGCUUUCCUUAUCACAGCCUCUUAUUGAUCUGAAUGGGCAGAAUAAAAGAACAAUAAAGGGAUUAAUGCUUAGGAAAAAUUGAGGCAAUAAUAAACUGUCUGCUAAAUAUUAAGACACUCCAGGCUUCUUCUGGAGAAAUACCUUCUAUUACUCCAUAUUCUUCAACCACAGUUAUUAGCCAAAAUCUCAGUUGAUGGGGAAGAUUAAAAUUCUUAAGUUUAAAAUGUUGAGAAUAAGAUUGUCUCCUGAUUUUUAAAAAACUUUAUACUUUAAAACAUGAAUUUUUAAAUCAGGCUGGUAUUACUCUAAUUUGUAAUACCAUACUUCAAGGUAUCAUCAAGAUCACUGUAGUGUAUAUAUUCUCUAUUUUUGUAUGUAAAUGUUAACUUAGUCCAAGUAUUUUUUGCUUAUAUCAUUAACUAGUCAUCAAGUACAAUCCUAAAGAUAUAUCAGAAGCUUUAUUUUGGUACAAAUUCAUAAGUACCAAAACUUUUUAAAACAUUUACUUUAGAUAUCAUCAAUAAUUGUGAUAUUUUUAUAUCAAAUCUGUUACUUUGAGCCUUUAGUUAUACUAAGAGAAUGCAGAAGUUAUGAGAAAAGUAAUCUUCACUGAAACUAAUGUUAUAUGAUCUUGAACAUAAGAAUAAAUUAGUUGUUUUUAAAAAUUUAUAACUUGGCAUACAGUCAGUUGAAAACUAUUUUAUUAAUAGAAAGCAGUAUUAGGUUUUUGUUAUCUGUCUUCAGAUAAUAUUUCUAGUCUGUGUGUACUAUUUUAUUUUUAUAUUUUCACCUGCUUAGUUUCCUUAUGGAUUUCAUCAAAUGCAGUGAAGUUUUUUAUAGUUGAUCAUAGCCAUAAAUUUUAAAUUCAGCACAAACACAUCUUGAGCAUAUUAUCAACUAGGCUUCCUAUGCAAUAAGAAUGCUGAAUCAACAUCCAUUACUAAAUUCACUAAAUUACCAAUACUUUAAAUACAAGAAAAUGUUGAAAUGCAGAAAGGAAGAGGGGCUAAAAAGGGAUAAAGUAGUUUUAAUUGUUAGCAAGAAACACUAUUUAGAUGCAAAGUAUAAAUGAACUUUAUAAAGGAUAUUCGAUGAUAUAUUUUAUUUGCAAAAUAAUCAGUGGGUAAUAUUUUUUUCUCUGGAAAUUUAUUUUUAAUGAGUCACAAAAAUAUUUCUAAAUAUUUUUGGAGAAGAUAUUUUGAUUAUACCAGCUGUUGCUUUCAUUUUGGGGGCCUGGAGAAAUGAGAGUUAUUGCACCUGUCAAAUUUUGUAUCUCAUCUCUUGGUCUAUCACAUUAUGGCUAAAAUCACAUCAGCAUUUUAUCUGCCACCACAAUGAAGAACUCUUCUCUGCCAGUUAAUCAGUUGCCUGAGAGCCUUUUCUACUACUGAGGGGGGAGAAAGGAAAGCUUUAUUUACUUCCGAUGAGCUCUGUUCUAAGUUAUCACUGUUCCAUUAUUCUCAGUAUCAGAGUCAACUUGUCGAAAUGCUAGUUCUCAGACAUUUUAUCAGAGGAUCUUUUUUCCCCACAUAACCAGAUUCUUAUUUCUAGUUCUUCUUUAAUUAUGAAGAAAUAAGAACUAGGGCUAUUCCUUGGUUUAAAGACCAGCUUAGGUGGUGUUACCAAGUGAAAACAAGUACUAUAUUAGCAGAUGCCAUAUUUCAGUGUGAAAUUAGCUAGAUCCUACAUUCACGUGUGUGCGCACACAGAUACACACAUCAGUAAUCUAUGUGAUCUAGAUACCAAUACUAAUUUACCAUUUAAAUUGGGUCCAGAAGGAUGUUGUAUUGAAAAUCUCACUCUAAAAGUAUUGCAUUAGAGUUUUCUUGAUAACAAAUAUAAAAAUACAAGUUUAUACCCUGAAUAAAUUAAGCUGUGGAAUUUUGUUUUUCAAAUGAUUUUGUUAGUUUGAAUGUAAACUAAAUAUUACUGCACUUUAGUCAAUUCUUCUAAUUUAUUUUUCUUUAUAACAGUAUGAAAGAACCUGUUAAGGUAUUGUAACUCUUUUGAAUUUUCAAUAAAAUAUUUUGCUUG